GGGAAACCCUUUGGUGCUCCUCUCGGAACAACAAUGGAAGGGCCGGAUUCUGACUUCCGACCGCCAAAAAGAGUCAAACUCGACGCAGUCCAGACAGAUGGCGCGUGCGACAACGACGACUCCUCAAAAGCCCUGUCUCCUCGGCCAGCUGGCGUUCUGCCCACCGUAACCAAGAGUCUAGUCAUGGACGAUAGCGCAAAAGAACGCGAGGUAGGUAUCACUGCUUUUGUCGACGGAUCUAGAAGCGUCUUUCGAGGGAUUCUCAAGAAGAGAUAUACAGAUUUCUUAGUCAACGAGAUCUUACCUGGCGGAACGGUGUUGCAUCUCCGAUCAAUGAGUGCGAAAGGCCUGCAAUCAAAUGCUUUGCACAGCAUUGGUUUAGAAGGUACAGCGCAAGGUGCUUCGGAACAUGUUGGGCAUGGGACAACAGCAUUGGAGCCAUCAUUGGAGCCAUCUGUGGCAGAACAUGAGACUUCACAAGCGACAGAGGCCACGGCAGAUGCCGGAGCUUCAGAUGCUCCGCAGGAGGACGGCUCUGGCGCCCAGAAUCCUGAGGUUUCAGACAAUGACCGCGCCAAACUCGUAGAAUAUUUCAGUGAGGAAACAGUGGUACAGAUAAUCUCCCUCUUUGAAUCGAUCUUGCGCAAUCCAGGAAAGAAAUCUCGAGAAUAUUCCACAGUUCGGACACCGUUCACUUCGGACCGCAGCAUUCGGUCAAAAAUCCAUCAGGAUAUCCGCCGCAUCUUCCACAGCAAGAUUGACUCCACGACAGACAAUGAAGGCAUACUAGUCCUCACAGCAACACCACCAUCAGCGAACAGCAAUCGCAAUCGUGGCUGGUCAAAACCUAAUGAGAAAUCCUCGCGACCGGGAAAGCUGAGUUGGUUGGAACGGGGUGGAGAAUAUGUCCAUUUUACUCUCUACAAAGAAAACAAGGAUACGCUUGAAGUCAUCUCAUACCUGACAAAGCAACUCAAGACGAACAACAAGACAUGUCAGUUUGCGGGCACGAAAGACCGGCGUGCCGUGACCGUGCAGAGAGUCAGCGCUUACCGUGUCGAAGCAGAGCGCUUGGCAGCGCUGAACCGUUCUCUGAGAUAUGCUGCGGUGGGAGAUUUCGAGUACCAGAAGCAUGGGCUGGAACUCGGUGAUUUGGCUGGGAACGAGUUUGUGGUCACCUUGAGAGACUGCCACCUCGUCGAGUUGGGUGCCGAACAGAGCACUGCGGCAAGGAAGGCUGCUCUUCAGUCAUAUCUGUCGCAGGCGCUCCGUCAGCUUCAUGAGUAUGGUUUCUUGAAUUACUAUGGACUGCAACGAUUCGGGACCUUCGCUACGCGCACCGAUGUCGUAGGUCUGAAGGUCCUGAAGGGAGACUUUGAGGGCGCGUGCGACGCAAUCCUCGAAUUUUCGCCCGUCGCGCUGAACAGCUCUAAAUCCCAAGAAUCAGGCGUCCUUGUCGGCCAAGACGACCGUUCUCGUGCCGAAGGGAUCAACAUAUGGCGAACAACUGGCAGGAUCAACGAUGCUCUCGACAAGGUCCCGCGCAAAUUCUCUGCCGAGACAGCCUUGAUUCGACACUUGGGCAAGCGGCCGCAGGACUACUUGGGUGCUCUUCUUGGAAUCCAGCGCAACCUGAGACUCAUGUAUGUCCAUGCGUAUCAGUCGUUCGUGUGGAAUCUCGCGGUGGGAGAACGAUGGCGGCUGUUCGGUGGCAAGGUCGUGGAGGGCGACCUCGUGCUGGUCCACGAGCACAAAGACAAGCAAACAGACGAGGGACCGCAGAAGCAGACGGUGGAUGCAGAUGGGGAAAUCGUCAUCGAACCGUCGGGGGAUGACCGCGCCUAUGACGCCGACGACAUGUUCGAGCGUGCCCGCGCUCUCACCGCCGCCGAAGCCGAGAGCGGCCAGUACUCCAUCUUCGACAUUGUCCUUCCCCUCCCGGGCUUCGAUGUCGUCUACCCCGCCAACGCGAGCGGCGAGUGGUACAAGACGUUCAUGGCCAGCGAGGCUGGCGGCGAGCUUGAUCCGUACAACAUGCGCCGGAGGCAAAAGGACUUUAGUCUGAGCGGUUCGUAUCGCAAGGUGGUGGCGAGGAUCGGUGCGGUCUUCGAAGUCGGCGUCCACGAGUACGGCGACAGCGAGGGGGACCGGCAGUUCGUCGAGACGGACAUGGAGCGGAUCAAGCGGGAAAAGGCCAAUGCGGCUCAGGCACCAAUUGAGGCUGCUGCCAAUGAGGAUUCAUCCUCGAAGGAUCUUAUCGGCACCGCGCAGCGGCAGCAGUCACCACUGGACGAAGCGAACGCGAAUGCGACUGCGAAUGCGAAUGGGGAUGGGGAUGGGGAUGGCAAUGGAAGUGACGCCGAAAGGGCGAAUGUACCGCAGCGCACGAAACUCGCGGCAGUGCUCAAGUUCCAGCUCGGCUCAAGUCAGUACGCUACCAUGGCGUUGAGGGAGCUAUCCAAGGGAGGCAUUCAAGCUUACAAAGCCGAGUUCACGGGCGGAAGGUGACGAAGCCAUAAUCUGACGAAAAUGCUAUGCCACUCGAUGAAAGAAGACGUGGAUAGAGAUCAGACGUGUAAUAGAUCAUCACCAAGAAGGACGAAAGUGUGAGCCCGGCAGGAUAGCUAUAUAGAUGAAAUUGCUCUGGCUGUUAUGGACCAGCAAAAUGAGUGCAGCUUGAUAGUGCUGCCCACGAGAUUUUUGCCGACCAAAAAGCUCAUCAACUGCAUCUGACAUA